UUACCCUCCUGUCUUCUCUCUCCUUGUUCCCAGCCCAUACUUAGUGUUCAUGUGCACGGUCACAGUGCAGUAAGGAGUAAGCAUGGGUGCUGCUGUGCUGUCAUCAGUUGUAGUGCUUCCUCCUUCUAGUUUGGUCUGUGUGUGUGUUCACGUGGCCCUUUUCAUUGUGGCUGCACCAAUUGGAUACAGCAGGCAGUGGGUCCCUUUGUCUGUAUUCAUGCUUGUCUCCAUCAGGAUGAUGCAGCGUUGGAGACGACAUGUUUAGUUCUUGGCACUAAACAAGAAACGCUUCCGUGUUCCCACAGGAGUUGUGAUGCCAAAAUGUUAAAUUAUAAUUAACAACACAAAACACCUUUUAGCAAUAAUAAGAAUAACAAUAAUAAUGCUUCUGAAGUAUUUGAGUUAGUAAACUAACACUGGAGAUGUGUGGUUUUUGUCCGCAUCGAUGUUUACAUAAUAAGAUAUGAGAUAAGAUAUGCCUUUGUUCGUCCCACAACAUGAUGAGAGUGUUAGAUGAUGAUGAGGAGGAGGAUGAUAAUGACAGUCAGGUGUUAGAUGAUGAUGAUGAUGAUGAUAAUGACAGUCAAGUGUUAGAUGAUGAUGAUGAUGAUGAUAAUGACAGUCAAGUGUUAGAUGAUGAUGAUGAUAAUGACAGUGAAAUGUUAGAUGAUGAUGAUGAGGAGGAUGAUAAUGACAGUCAGGUGUUAGAUGAUGAUGAUGAUGAUAAUGACAGCCAGGUGUUAGAUGAUGAUGAUGAUAAUGACAGUGAAAUGUUAGAUGAUGAUGAUGAUAAUGACAGCCAGGUGUUAGAUGAUGAUGAUGAUAAUGACAGUGAAAUGUUAGAUGAUGAUGAUGAGGAGGAGGAUGAUAAUGACAGUCAGGUGUUAGAUGAUGAUGAUGAUGAUAAUGACAGCCAGGUGUUAGAUGAUGAUGAUGAUAAUGACAGCCAGGUGUUAGAUGAUGAUGAUGAGGAGGAUGAUAAUGACAGUCAGGUGUUAGAUGAUGAUGAUGAUAAUGACAGUGAAAUGUUAGAUGAUGAUGAUGAGGAGGAUGAUAAUGACAGCCAGGUGUUAGAUGAUGAUGAUGAUAAUGACAGUGAAAUGUUAGAUGAUGAUGAUGAGGAGGAGGAUGAUAAUGACAGUCAGGUGUUAGAUGAUGAUGAUGAUGAUAAUGACAGUCAAGCGUUAGAUGAUGAUGAUGAUAAUGACAGUGAAAUGUUAGAUGAUGAGUAUGAUAAUGAUGUAAGAUGAUGAGUCAUGAUUUCAUGAUUUCAUGAUGUCAUGAUGAUGAAAUGUCAUUGUUGGUCUUACCUGACAUCAAAGUGUGACUUUGAAUCUUUACUUCUCUGUCUUACGUCCACUGUGGAUCACCCACAAUCUCUUUGAGUGUCUCCUCUGCUGGUUCCACUCGAUGAUGACGGUGGUGUUACAUAAAGAAACCUGACUUUUUCAGUAGAGUUUUUGUCUUUUCCGCUCUCAACUCUUCUCCUGUGACCCUCACAUCCACUAAUCAACUCUUCAUCA